ACAGGUGCGCUCGCGCUGCCUGGUGACUGCAGCCACGAAGAAAGAUUUCGACUUAGUUACGAUGAUCGCCGGAGUACGGCUCAGCGCCUUUUAAAAUUGCUUUGGCCUCCAUUUGUGGGUUGUUUUUUUAAAAGAUUUUUUUAGUUUUGGGGAGUUUUUAAGAAGAAAAACGCCGGGGUCGGGGUCGGGAAAUGGGGAAGAAGCAAAGCAAGCCCUCCUCGGACUCGGAGUACGGUGAGCCGUGCAAGUUUGAUGCCAACUUUAAAGGACCAAUAAAGAACAGGAGUUGCACAGAUAUCAUUUGCUGCAUCUUAUUCCUUCUGGUGAUCCUCGGCUACCUGGCAGUGGGAAUUUUAGCCUGGCUAUAUGGGGACCCGCGACAUGUCCUCUACCCUCGAAACUCCACAGGAUGGUUCUGUGGCACUGGACCCAACAAGGAUUUACCAAAUGUAUUUUAUUUUGACAUGCUCAAAUGUGCAUCCUCAAUCAAUAUACUGGCCACAGCCAUCAAUGGAUUUCAAUGUCCAACCACACAGGUGUGUGUGAAAGAAUGUCCCAGCACAUUUUGGGGAGUGGGGCUUACUGACCUGGGGAAACACCCUUCACGAGUUUUUGAUCAAAACUUCUGUGUGCCUUCAAUAAACAUAAAAACAACCACAUUGAGCGUAACACAGGUCACAGACAGAGAGCUGUGUCCAUUCUUCACCACGCCAAUGAUUUCUGUUCUCGGUCGUUGUUUGCCUGACGUCUCAGCUCUUAAUCAGAUUCCAGACUUCUUCAGUGAGAUCCCAGGUUUGCCCCCCUCCAUCAACGACACUGCUAAUAUGAUCAAAAAUGGCACUGGUGAAAUAGUAAAUGGUUUUAAUGCCAAAGAAAUCGGAGUACGGAUCUUUGAGGACUUUGCUUCUGCUUGGCCCUGGAUUCUCCUUGGUUUGCUGAUAGCCAUGUUGACCAGCCUUUUGUUCCUGCUGUUGCUGAGGUUCACGGCCCCGGUCAUGGUUUGGGUCUUGAUCUUUGGAGUCCUGGGCGCUGGAGCCUAUGGCAUAUGGCACUGUUACUGGGAAUACGACAACUACAAGAAGAACUCUGCCACCAUCUCAGACGUUGGGUUCACCACAAACAUCAAUGUUUAUCUCCAAGUCCAGGAAACAUGGCUGGCCUUUUUGAUCAUCCUCUGUGUUGUGGAGGCCAUUUUGCUCCUCACCCUGAUCUUUCUGAGGAAGAGAAUCCUCAUCGCCAUCGCUCUCAUCCAGGAGUCCAGCAAAGCGGUAGGUCACAUGAUGUCCACUCUGGUCUACCCUCUGGUCACCUUCGUCAUGUUACUGAUCUGUGUGGCCUACUGGGGAGCCACUGCUCUAUAUUUAGCCACUUCAGGAGCUCCUAUUUACAAAGUGGUGGCAAUGAACUCGACAAUACAGGGAUGCGAGAAGUUCAACGCCUCUGAGACAUGUGAACCUCAGAACUUCAAUUCAUCAAAUUAUCCAGAAUGCCCCUCUGUCAGCUGCAUGUUCAUGAAGUACAACGACGAAGGCUUGUUUCAGCAGAACAUGUUUAACCUGCAGAUCUAUAAUGCUGUGGCCUUCCUGUGGUGUGUGAACUUUGUGAUCGCUCUGGGACAGUGCACUCUGGCCGGGGCGUUUGCGUCGUACUACUGGGCCUUCAACAAACCCUCAGAUAUCCCCAUGUUCCCCCUGUGUGGCUCCUUCUUGCGGGUACUCAGAUAUCAUGUGGGCUCACUGGCGUUUGGAGCCCUGAUUCUUACUCUGGUGCAAAUAGUGAGAGUCAUCCUGGAAUACAUCGACCACAAGACCAGAUCGGCCCAAAACCCGUGUGCGCGGUUCAUCCUGUGCUGUCUGAAGUGCUGCUUCUGGUGCCUCGAGAAGUUCAUCAAGUUUCUCAACAGAAACGCCUACAUCAUGAUUGCCAUUUAUGGUAAAAACUUCUGUGUCUCGGCCAAAAAUGCUUUCAUGCUGCUCAUGAGAAACAUCAUAAGGGUGGUGGUGCUGGAUAAAGUCACAGAUUUGCUGCUGUUCUUUGGGAAGCUUAUGGUCGUCGGAGGCGUAGGCGUGUUGUCGUUCUUUUUCUUCUCGGGACGAAUCCUUUUACCAGGCUCCAACUUCCGCUCUGAAAACCUCAACUAUUACUGGAUGCCCAUCAUUACGGUGGCGUUUGGGAGUUACCUCAUCGCUCACGGUUUCUUCAGUGUCUAUAACAUGUGUGUCGACACACUCUUCCUCUGCUUCUUGGAGGACCUGGAGAGGAACGAUGGCUCCACACAGAAGCCGUACUUCAUGUCCAAAAACCUGAUGAAAAUCCUCAACAAGAAAAACAAGUGAAGAUGAAAAACUUCGUAAACAAGUGUCAAAUGAUUUCAGAUUCAGGCUCAUUUUUAUCUUUUAAAAUAGGUUUACUGAAUACCAUUUGCUGAUUUUGCACUUUUCAGUUAUGUUUUUGUACUCUAUUUUAAGACUGAUUCUAAACAUAUAUGUGAAAAUGUUAAGUGCCUCAGGUUAAUAAGAAACUGUACAGAAUGGCAUAAAUACUGCCAUAUUUUUGCUGUUGAAGGAUUGAUGAAACUAAUCUGUCUGUUGUUAAUAGUCAGAUGCAAAAUUUAGAUUCAUAAAACUCAUAUUAAAUGUUUUUAUAAUAUUUUAAAUAACUUUAAUGUAAUAAACUUGUAAAUAUGUUACCAUAGUAUCAGUUGUGAUUAUUGGUCUUCUUUCAGCUAACUUCAAGUGCACUUUGACUACAAGGCCUGUCAAUAUUAUACAUUUUGAAAUGCGAUGCUUUGAUGUCAUCCCUUAUUUAGAGAAUGUCCCACUCAUUAAUGUCACAAGAAUUGUAUAAAAAAAAAAAAAAAAAUGCUGAUUUACAUAUUGAAAACAUACUGUAUUUUGUUUUCUAUGUAAUACAAUUGAUCAAAAGUGAAAAUCAUUUGGUGU